AUGGCAAAGGGAGGUGGAGGUACUAGCACUGAUGGUUGGGGUCAAUAUCUCGCCCAAUACCUGACAGUCCCGGUUGUGAACAAUGCCAUUGCGGGCAGAAGCGCACGAAGCUUCUCCGAUGAGGGCCGUUUCACCACCAUUAUCAACAGCGUGAAAAAGGGUGACUACGUGAUCAUCGAGUUCGGUCAUAAUGACGGCUCCGCUGGAUCCAAGGUGGACAAUGGCAGGCAAGAGGCUGUCGGUGACGGGGUGGACACGACAUCUACCGUGACAACAUCAUCCGGCUCAAAACUUACGAUCCACACAUACAACUUCUACGUUCAGAACGCCGUCACCGCGCUCCAAGCGAAAGGCGCAAUUCCCAUUAUAUCUUCCCAAACCCCGAAUAACAUCUGGACCAACGGUGUUCUCAACGGCGGUUCUCGCUUUGUCGACUACGCGAAGACAGCCGCAUCGCGCACGGGUGUGACGUAUGUCGACCACAAUGCGUUCGUCGCCCAAGCCUACAAUAAACUGGGCGAGACCACAGUCGACACGUUCUACCCCAAGGACCACACACACACUUCGCCGACAGGCGCAAACGUGGUUGCCGAGGCCUUUGUCCGGGGGCUGCUGUGUGGAAGUAGCUCGCUGAAGAUAGAUGUCAAUUCAAAAGGCCAAGCCGCACCCAACGGCUGUAUCUAA